UGUCAUCAGUUCCACUCGGGAAGAAGUGUAGCAAGAACUGUACAGUCUCUGACAGCGAACAGCUAGUCUAACGUUUUAGUUGGCAAUGGAAUAGUAGUGUGGUGAAAUUAUAUCUGGCGUAUCUCAUAUGUAGCUAUAUAAUCCGAGUUGACAAUUUACAGACCCGGAAAGCUCCGUGAAUUGCAAUUGCGAGAAUCAUGAGUCAUCUCAAUCCCGGACUUCUUUCAGCCUACAACAGCCUCACUGAUAAACACCUCACCGGGUACUUCAAUAACACUAGGAUCAGGAGACAUCUUCAAAGAGUUGGACUGAUCACCAGGAGUGGAAGGAUCGUCCCAGACAAGGAAUACAGGCAUAAGCUGAUCCAGAGGGCUCACCAGAGACAUGUACGUGAAUGCCUAGCCCAAGCCAUUUUCCACAAGGUGCUGGAUAUGGAGCGUGUCCAUCAGAUAGAGAUCAAGCGAAAGUUGGAGGAGUUUGCCAGAAGAGAGAGAGUGCAUAAAAUUAAGGUGGACCGCUCUAAGAGGUAUGAAGAAGAAGUCAUCCACAUCCUGUCUCCACGCCCCCCAACGGGACCCAGGGCCUCCCACACACAGCAUUCUGGGCCAGAGGGAGACCACUCUGAGUCCUCUGAAUCGCCUGGCUCCUCCAGGCCCAACACAGCUCCAGGGAAGAUGCAGAGACCAGUGCGUCUAAAGCCCAUCCACAGUAACAGCAUCACUGCCUCCCACCGACGUAGCUCCCCCUACAUGCACCAGGACUCCUCAAAUGACACCGACCAGCGAUUCAACUUCAUUAUGGAUAAAGAUUCCAAGAAGCAUUUGACUGUGACAGAAUUUUCCCGUGGUAUAUCCCCCUACCGUCUUCCAGUCAUCAAUAACUUUGUGACCCCAGUGCCCCCUUCCAUCAAGAGGAAGGACAGGGGGCUGAAGGGCACCCCCAGUGGCACUCUCAGAGGUCGGAGAUUGCGCCCCACCACAGCCCCCUGUGGUCCUGAGGAGUCUCCGGUGCUCAGGACCACCGCGGUACAAAGUAAAGUGUGUGUGAGCAUGAUGUUCUUUGGAAAGACCGUGCACCUUUCCCACGACUUCAUCGACAUGAGGGACGAGGUAAAGGUUUUCCAGCAGCACUGUGGAGGGGAGAACCUGUGUGUGUACAAGGGGAAACUCAGUGAGGGAGAAACGUUCCAGUUUGUGUCACGCCGCCAUCGUGGCUUCCCCUUCAGCUUGACGUUCUUCCUCAAUGGGUUGCAGGUGGAGCGUCUCAGCUCCUGCUGUGAGUUUAAACACAGGAAGGGCUCACGGCUAGGCGGCAGACAUGGCCAUUUUGGCUUCUCAAAUGUGGAGGGGGCCUCACCCUGCUACAAGUGUAUCAUAGCCAUGGGACUGGACAAGAAGCCCACCCCUCCUCCCAAAAGAGUAAAAGAGGAUGUUGGGAGAGAUGUUGCCACCCACCAGGAUACAACCAAGGAUGCCCCAGAGGUGGAAGAGGAGCAAGCUGGGGCAGACCCUGGCUCUGACCUAGCUUCCAGCCAACCACAGGACAUGGAGACUGAGAUCAAAGAAGAGAUUACAUCUGAGGACCAAACCAAAGAUGACUAUGAAGAGGACUUUGAGGCAGAUGAAGAAGGACCUGUUGAGGAUGGAGAAGAGAAGAAAGACGGAAAAGGUCCCUCCCCCUCCCUCCAGAAAGAGGAGGAGGAAAAAGAAAAACAUUUCGAAUUGGACAGUGAGGUGGAGGAAAAAGAGGAGAAGAGGUCUUGUUCAGCCAGCUCUUCCAGCACUGAUAGUGAAGAGAGUGAGAUUGAGGCAGAGGCUGAAGAGGACCAGCCAGCAGUCCAGUCCAAAGACCUUGUGGAGGAGGAGGUUGCCCAGGAAGAUCCGGAUGAGAGCACAACUGACAGAGCAGCAGAGAAAGAUGAAAAAUCAACAGAGGACACCACCACCAACGAGGAGACCUCCCCAACCCCACCCCAGACCACCACCAGCCCCACAGGAGAGGACACGGGGACACAGGACAGUCCUGCACACAGCCCACGGAGGACCGAUCCCGAACUGUCGGACGACAGCGGACCCUCAGAAACGGUGUGCAAUGGGGAUGAGGACCCAGUUGGCGCCGUGAAGGAAAACGAAACUGAGAAACUAGUAGAUGAGUCGACAAAGGAGGAGCAAGACAGGGCCAAGUCUGUACAGGAGAAACUAGUGGAAGCCAUUUUGAAGGAGGCCCAGUGCAGUUCAGAGCCAGAGCUUAGUGACACAAGCACUGAAGAGGAAGAAGAGUCAGCAAAUAAAACCCAACUACUGGGUAGCACUGGUGGUGCUGCAGUGACCUUUACCAUGAAGAGGCAAAUCACACGAUUUGAGGUGAAGUGUGAGGACACAGCUGAACAGAGUGCUCAAGAAACAACUUCACAAAGUGUACUAGAAGAACAAGGAGAUAUUGUUGCAAAACAGAAGACUGGGGAUGAUAAAGCUGCGAUAGAGUCAGAGCAGAAAACUGAAGAAGCCAGUGAGAAAAAUGAGGUUUUAAAAAGGAAUCUAGUAAUUGAUGAUACAGAGAAGGAAGAAAGCAAAGAAAUUAUUCUCGAUGAGGCUAAGUGGGUUCAGGCAGACGAGCCAGAAAAAGCAUCUGACGUUGAGGACCCUACAGUGAAAGACCAAAAGGAGGAGGAACAGGAAACGACAGAAAAACCUAAUGUACAACAUAAACCAGAACAAAAGGCUGUCAAAACAAAAAACUGUGAAAAUUACGAGUUUGGGGCUCCAGAACAAGAGAGCAAGACUGAAGGAGAAACAGCAGAAACAGCUGAUGCAGAACCUGAGGUAGAGAGUGAAGGAGAGAAAAUGAAAAUGCCCUUGGUGGAGCCACAGGCUACCAUCCAUAAACAGACAUCUGUAACUGACACAGAGAAGCAAGAAGACAAGCAGGACAUGCUAGGAGGCACCGAGACAGAAACCAAAGCAGAGAAUUCAAGCAGCUCAUCCGAGGGAAGUGGAGACACAACUGUUCAUGCUGAACAGACAGCAGACACUGAUGAGAAUAGUAAACAUGCACUUGAGGAAAUAAAGGACGAGCCUGAGGAAGACCAAAAAGAAACAGAAUGUACUGGAGAACAAGAGAAAACUGUAGUAUUAGACACAAGUGAUAAACUAGAUGAAGGCAAAACUGUGAAUGAUAACUUAAUAGAUGAAGAAAGGAUUGGUGUUAGUGAGGUGGAUGAAAAGGUGAAAGAUGCAGAAAUAGCGGAGGACAAAGACAAUCCUGAAGGGAAGGGAAGUGAGGUAGAAUACCCUAAUGAAGCUUUUGUAGAGGGAGCAGACAAAGUUGGGGACACAGAAAAGGUGGCAGAACCUGGAACGGAUGAAAAAAAGAAAGAAAAAAAGAUAGAGGAGGGUCAGGUACAGGAGGAUAAACAGGUUGGAGAUGACAGAUCCUGUGAUGGAGAAGAACCUGACAAAGACACUGUGACAAAAGCUGAGGAGAUAUUGGCAGAUGACAAAAAAACAGAUAAUGACAAGCAAGCUAGUUCAUCAGAUAUUGAAACUGAAAUAAAGAAAGAAAAUGAGGCAGACAUGUUUGAGGAAAAGGUUGAGAAGACAGAUGAAUCAAUGGAAAUACAAGUAGAAGAGGGUGAAACUAGGGAGAGUGACCAAAAGUCAGAGAUCAGCAACAAAGUUCUAGAUUUUGAAAACAUUGAAAACGAAAAACCCGAUGAAGACAAAAAUGAUAGUGAGAACAAUGGUGUUGAGGUCAAAGAGGAGAGCAAGGAUAAUCAAGACAAAAAUGACAGUGAAAUACAGGCUGACAGAGGUGAGCCAGCAACAAUCUGUGAACCUCAGAGUGAACCCCAGAAAGAAGGGACAGAAUCUACAAUCCAUGAUGGUGAUGACGAACUUGAGACAAAAGUCCAACAAAGCAAUGAACCAGAAGCAGCUAGUGGCAAAUUCAACAAGGAGGAAAAUGGAGAAAAUGCUGGAGAAGCCCAGGCUGAAACAAAAUGUGAAGAUAUACAGGUUGCCCAGGCUGCACACACAAUGGACUUUGGAGAACCUCUGAAUGCUGAAGAUGAACACAAUCCGGAGUCUACAGCUGAGACAUCUGACCUCAAAGAGGCUGAAGCAGUCAAAGAAGAACAGGAAUCUGAGAAACUUCAAGAUGAACCUGAAGAAAAAAUGUAUACCGAUAAAAGCAAUGGCGAAACUGCUCUUGAAAAUGAAGAUAAAAUAGAAGAUCGGAACAUCCAGGAUGAAAAUGAGAACACAAAUGUGAGAGAAGUACUUGUUGAUUCCUCAGUGUUACAAUCUCAGACUUCAGAAACCCCAGAGUUAGAAUCGGACUUAGUUUCUGAAGCUGAAGCGGAACACGACCCACCUUGUGACACAGGUUCCAACACAGACAAGCCAAAUAAGAGAGACGAGUCCAUAGAAGAGGCUAGCAAGCCCUCUGAGGAAGGAGCCAGUAUUGUGCACAAACCUCAAGCAGAAACAGAGCAGGAGGAGGCGACAGAUCUAAACAAAGAGAGCCGUGUGUCAGAUGGAGAAGCUAAUAUUCUUGAGUAUGUUGAGACCCAAGAACAUGCAUUAACUCCAGAAACCUUGGAGAAAGAAGACCACAGGGAUCUUGUGUCAAACUGGGUUAACAUGCAUCAGGCCUCUAAGUACUUUGAGACAUUUGUUGAACCCUUGGAUGACUUGAAGAGGGUGACCUCAGAUGAUGCCGUCAGCCAGUCCAAUUCUAAUGCUAUCUUGUUAGAAUCUACAAAUGUGUCUGAGAGUCCUGACAGAUUGAGGGUGAUAGAGCAGAACGUUGAAGAUGACAUCCAUUAUGAAAAGGCAGAUAUAGACCAUAAAGCAGUACAUCCGAAAGCCCAAAAGGAAAACUACUCCGACACGAACAUCGAAGUGACGGACAAACACUCAGGCAUUAGGAGUAACAACUCGAAACAGGAUGAACCAGAUGAAACUGGGCCCACUGAAGAGUUGAAAGCAGAGAUGGAGGUCACUGACCUAUCACCUACUUCUGAGGCUGAAAACAAGAGCAGAGAAGAAACAGCAACGCCAGCCGAAGACAAUCAGACACCCGUGCAGACUGAGCUUACAGAUGUCUCCAAAAACGAAGUGGAAAGCCUAGCAGGUACUGAUCUGUCAGCAAAUAAUGUUAAAGACAACAUGGGUGAGAAUCAAGCUGAGGUUGGGGAGAGCAAAGACCAAUCUGUCACUGAUGAUCAACCAGCAACAUUAGAGGAGAUAACUGACCUGCUUGCACUUUGCAAAACUGAGGAAGAACCACAAGAGAGCCGUGAGAGUCCAGAUCGUUUCUCAAAACCUGAUCUUACGGACAUUUCAAGAGUGUCUGUUGAUACCAAAGAUCUCAAAGAGCCGGAGGAGCAAGAAAGUGCAGAGGUUACUGAAGUUACAGAUUUAACAGUAACUACUGGAUCUAAAAAUGGUAGCCAGCAGGACUUGCAGAGUGUGAGGCAUCCAGAUGAAAGUGGGAGGGUUGACAACAAAGACCUGGAGCUGAUUGGUGACCAUAAGGAGACGCUUGGUAAAGAUGGGUUGACCACUUUCUCAGUGGGUGAGUCUUCACUGUUUGCCCGAACGUCCUACCCUCUGUUGACUACUGCACGGGCAGAGACUGGUUAUUAGAGAUCACAGCUCACAUGAAGGUCUUGGUAAGUAGUUUUUUUUCUUCCGAUUUUUCUGUAAAGUAUUUGAAAGUGAUUGAUGGAAGUCUCUCUUUUUCUACAGCACUUACAAUCAGAUGAAUAUGAGCAGCAAAUUCUUUAGUGAUCAUAUCCUUCCAAGUGAUACUAACAUGGUUAACAGUCUACGGUUUAUGAUAAAUUCCUAUCCUUGAUUUAAUCAAACUAAAAACAAUUAGAAUACCAGGUGGAGUGAUUGAGAAUUGACGGAGAUGAUGGAGAAUUGUCAAAGCAUACAAAAAGUAUCUUCCCUUCAACAACGUUACAAUAAGUAGUUUGUUUACAAGUUUAAAUAGAUUGACAGAAUGUUUACGAUACCGCACACUAUAUCCCUUGUCAAAGUAACAAGGCCUUGCUUGUGGAGGUAUCCAGCACAAUGUUACCAGCCCCCUGUAAGUAGAUACUACUCCACUCACUCUGCACAGAUAAUUAAAUAAUUCAUAGCCUUUGAACCUACUGGAGGUCAGCUUGCCAAUGGCACCGUAACAUACUUCUUAGAGCACAUCUGAAGUAUGGUUUACCUUAAGUUAUAAAUACUAGUGACUAAGGCUUUUUGGCGCUUAUUACUUGAUCAUACAGACAAUUUUGCAUUUGUUUGCACAAGUCAACCACUAUUCUGAGAUUAUUAGAGUAACAGUGCAAUAAAUGGGUAAAGAAUCAUCAACUGUUACUUUCAAAAUACUGGAAAGUGAGAGCUGUUUUGUGUCAAUAUAUUUAGCUGCUAACACUACCUCUUAAAAAAUGUGUGGAUCUUUUUUCUUCAGUUGCCAUUCAUUCUAAAGUCAGUUUGAGUUUGUUUUGUUUACACUGUUCUAUCAAAAUAUCUUAAUUAUACUGAAUGAUUGUGUGAAGAUUGUUAAUCGUUUACAUGGAAAAUAAAAUCUCAAAAUUAUAAAUGAUUUCGAAAUGCAACUGUUUGAAUUUGAAAAAAGGAUAACAGUCAUCACACUGGGAUUGUGCUUGGUGUCAUGCACACGUGACAUAAAAUAUCAAUUGUAUACAUUUGACAAGAAUAAAGAAUAACGUUUUCAAACAGUAAAGUCUCUAUACUGAAACACUUUUAAAAGAAAAUAUGUCAUAUUGAAUAUGAAAUUCAUCAUGAUUUAAAACUAGUGCUGUCAGUUUAACGCGUUAUUAACGGCGUUAACGCAAACCCAAAUUAACGGCG